AUGGCGGCGGGGCCUGUGGGCGAGGGAACAGAGCACCUGGCUACACGGAGCCUGCAGAGCUCAGCGCCUCCGCACCCAAGGACGGGCGCCGCCCGGAGCCCGGGGGUCUGCGCCCGCGGGGCCCGCCGUGGGAGCCCCGAGAACCCGGCGGCAGCCGAGAGCCGCGCCCCGCGCGGGGCUGGCCGCACGCUGCGCCCGAAGCCCACGGGGGCGCGCCGGCUUCUGGAGGAACGAGAACGGGCGCCCGGCGCCUUCCAAAGGGCUGGACUACGCGCGGCGACAGACGGACAGCGACCCCGCCAGCCAGGGCCCGGGAAACCACCCCGCGCGCGGCCCGCGCCCACGCCGGGCUCGCCCCAGGCGGGCAGCCCCGCUACCCCGGCCGUGCAGCCCGCGCGACCCGCACCGCCGGGAGAGGAGGGGACGGGGAGGGGCGGCGCCCGGCCCCGCCCCAACGUCCGCGCCGCGCUCCGCCCCAAACCACCGCGGCCUCCGCCCGGCACCUUACAGCGGCACCCCUCAAGCGCCGCGCCCGAGCGCGCACGCGCCGCACCGCCGCCCUGCCGCCGCCCGCCCGCAGCCAAUCAGCGGCCGCUCCGAGGACGCGGCACCGGAAGGCUCCGCGCGGCGCCGGAAGUGACGUGCCGGCGUGCUGACGCGCGGGCUCGAGCCGAGGCCGAUUCCGCGCCCGCCAUGGCCGACAAAAUGGACAUGUCUCUGGACGACAUUAUUAAACUGAACCGGAGCCAGCGAGGCGGCCGCGGCGGGGGCCGGGGCCGGGGCCGGGCUGGCUCCCAGGGCGGCCGCGGCGGCGGGGCGCAGGCCGCCGCGCGAGUGAACCGAGGCGGCGGGCCCAUCCGGAACCGGCCGGCCAUCGCCCGCGGCGCGGCGGGCGGCGGCGGCAGGAACCGGCCGGCGCCCUACAGCAGGCCGAAACAACUUCCUGACAAAUGGCAACACGACCUUUUCGACAGCGGAUUUGGGGGUGGUGCCGGCGUGGAGACGGGUGGGAAACUGUUGGUGUCAAAUCUGGACUUUGGAGUGUCUGAUGCUGAUAUUCAGGAGCUCUUUGCUGAAUUUGGGACACUGAAGAAGGCGGCCGUGCACUAUGAUCGCUCAGGCCGCAGUUUAGGAACAGCUGACGUGCACUUUGAACGGAAGGCAGAUGCCCUGAAAGCUAUGAAACAGUACAACGGUGUCCCUCUAGAUGGCCGCCCCAUGAACAUCCAGCUCGUCACGUCGCAGAUCGACCCACAGCGGAGACCUGCACAGAGUGUAAACAGAGGCGGGAUGACUAGAAACCGUGGUUCUGGAGGCUUCGGUGGUGGUGGCGGCACCCGGAGAGGAACCCGUGGAGGCAGCCGGGGCAGAGGCAGAGGCACCGGCAGGAGUUCAAAGCAGCAGCUUUCUGCAGAGGAGUUGGACGCCCAGCUGGACGCUUACAAUGCGAGAAUGGACACCAGUUAAACAGACCGGCAAAUCCGUGCAUGGGACAGGACCCAGACGUCUCGUCCGUGCUCCCUCACGGGAGGAGGGUGGCGGACUGGGGCUGUGUGGCCAAUGAUGGAUUUGUUUCUUUUAUGUUUUAAAAUAGGAUUUAAAACUCUUGUAAAGAUUUGUUUUUCUUUUUUUUUUUUUUAAAUUCUGAAACAGACCUGUUUUGUACCGAGUUAUUUUUGGGAUAAAUUUUACUGGUUGCUGUUGUGGAGAAGGUGGUGUUUUCACCUUUGCCAUAAUAAAAUAGAAAUGUGUGUAGAACUGGAA